AACUAUUUCGAGACAUUUGAGCAACCCGGAGAUAUUAGUAUGUGACACAGACCCGCAGAGCCAUGUGGAAGACGUCGCGUUGAGUUUGUGGUUAAAACUUCGGCAUUAUCACGGUCAUAAUGAACGCGUUUUUGCGUUUUAGAAUUAGAACAGUGUAGCAACUAUUAAUGUAAAGUUGUUGACUAAGUUUACGUGCGGUACGUCUCGCUGAAUAAUGGGGAAAUCAAAGACCAAGAACCAGAAGAAAUCCCGAGCUACAGCCAACCAUGUGGCCGAGGAGACUUUCGGAGCUAUCCCCCACUCCUUCGUGUUUCACCGAGGUCAGAUUGGGAAAAACGUGGGCCAGCUCAUCCUGGACGUGCGGAGAGUCAUGGAGCCGUACACUGCAGAGUCUCUCAAGGUCAGGAAAAAGAACGUCCUGAAAGACUUUGUGGCUAUUGCAGGACCACUGGGAGUGACCCACUUUAUGAUUUUCAGAAAAACCUCUGGCUUCAUCAACAUGAGACUUGCGCGACUACCCAAAGGUCCCAUGCUUCAUUUCAGAGUGCUCAAGUACGCUCUGGUCAAAGAUGUGGUUUCAUCUCUGAAGAAGCACAGGAUGCACGAGGAGCAGUUCACACAUCAUCCACUGCUCAUCCUAAAUAACUUUGGCUCUGACGGCAUGCAUGUUAAACUCAUGGCCACGAUGUUUCAGAACAUGUUUCCUUCCAUUAAUGUGCACAAGGUAAGCCUCAACAAUAUCAAGAGGUGUGUGCUGCUGAAUUACAACCCAGAGACCCAGGAAAUUGAAUUUCGUCAUUACAGCCUGAAGGUGGUCCCUGUGGGCAUGAGCCGCGGAGUCAAGAAGCUGAUGCAGGAGAAGUUCCCCAACAUGAGCAAGUUUGAGGAUAUCAGCGAGCUGAUGAUGAAGGGCGCGAACCUUUCAGAAAGUGAAGCUGAGCAAGACGGGGAGCACAACAUCACUGAACUACCACAGGUCUACUCUGGCCGAGGCAACAUGGCGUCCCAGCAGAGCGCCGUGCGUUUGACCGAGAUUGGUCCGCGCAUGACUCUGCAGCUGAUUAAGAUACAAGAAGGCAUGGGAGAAGGGAAUGUCCUUUAUCACACCAUGAUCUCCAAGACGGAGGAGGAAAUACAGGAGAUCCUGAUCAGGAAGGAGGUCCAGCUAAAAGAGAAGGAGGGUCGCCGUAAAAAGCAGGAGCAGGAUGUUGCUCAGAAGAAAGAGAAACGAGAAGAGAACAAAAAAAAGAGCCUGGAAGGCAUUAAGAGGAAACACGCUGAAGCAGAAGAGGACAGUGAAGUGGAGGAUCCCGGGAUGCAGGAUGGCCAGACAGCUGCUGUUGAGUCCGAUGACGAGGUGGAGUACUACAGACAGGCUGUCGGCCAGGAGCCCGAUGAAGACAUGUUCCCCAGUACCAAGAAGAGGCAUGCCUCAGAGUGGCCUCACGGACCUGCAAAGAAGAGAAAGUUUUCCACCGGUAAACCAUUUAGAAAGGACAGAGAUGCCAAAUCCCCCAGGAGAAAUGGUCCAGGAGGCCAUCACAAAAACACAUCAGGAAAAGGAUGGAAAAAAUCUGGGGACGGGGAGAAACCAUUUGGAAGGAAAACGAAGCCUGGAGGAGGAAAGGCCUUCGGAGCAAAGAAAUCCGGCGAUAGGGAGAAGAAAUUUGGUGGGAACAAAACAUUCGGUGGGAAGAAAAAUAAGGACAAAUCUUUCAAGUCUAAAGGUCCGAAAGGCAAGCCAUCCUUCAAGAAAGGUGCAGGAGCAAAGCAAGGCUUUAAACAGAGGAAGGGAAAAGGCCCUUCAGCUGAAAACAAAAUGAAGCCGAAUUUUACUCUUUGUGAGAAGUUUCAAUUGGCCCUGCUGCCCUCAAUGUACGGGCUUGAGUUCCUCGUGGCCGUGGCAGGAAACCUGUUCGCCCUGUGGCUGCUGAUGGUCAGAGAGAGAAGGAACUGGCACACGGGGGUUGUCCUGUCUUGUAACCUGGCAAUCAGUGACCUGCUGUAUGUUCUCACCCUGCCUUUGUUGAUUGUCUACUACUCACUGGAUAAACACUGGGUGUUUGGGGACGCGGUGUGUAAAAUCGAGAGGUUUCUUUUCACCUGCAACCUGUAUGUAAGCAUCUGCUUCAUCAUGGCGAUAAGUGUGAACCGAUGUGUGGCUCUUGCGUGUCCCUUCUUCACCAGAUCCUACGUAGAGCCUGCCCACGCCAAGGCCAUCAGUGUCAUCAUCUGGAUCGUUGUAGGAAUCAUUUCUUGCCCUGUGUUAAAAUUCGCCUCAGUCUGCCCUAGUAAGGACAAGCCCAAAAACACUCAGUGUGUGGCCUUCUGUACAAGUCUUGGGGAUGAAAGGCCUCACUUCAUUUACAAAAUGUUUCUUGCUGUGUUUGGGUGUUUUGUUCCCUUCCUUGUUACUUUUGGUUCUUAUUGUGGGGUGAUUUCGGUGGUGUGGAAAAAUGUCAGUAUAACCACACUGGAGAAACGCAAGGUAGCUCUGUUGGUCACCUCAGUGAUCGUGCUUUAUGCCGUUUCCUUUGUGCCUUACCACGUCUUCCAGAUAUAUCACUUGUAUCUGAAAAUCAAUAAUCCUGACAGCUUUAACUGUUGGGUCUACGACAUGUACCAGGUGUCCAAGGGACUGGCAACUCUGAACAUGUGUAUUCAUCCAAUCCUUUACAUGGCUUUGUUUGACAGUAUAAGAGUAGCUUGUUGCGGGAAGAGCCCCGAGGACAACAAUGGGGUGGUGAUGAAGUAUAGCAGAGCUGCUGCUUGACAGCUUUUCUGUGAAAUUCAUCAUUAUUUAAUGUUCUAAAACCUGCUCUAAUUUC